AUGAUAGAUCUUGUUUCGGGGACGCGUCUGCCGGGUGCGAGCUCAGCUGAGUAUACCAUACCCCGCUGCGCGCUCGACGGCACCCCAGCAGAUUUAAGAGACGAGCCCUCCAUCAUGGGCUCUGUGCCCCCGAAUAGCCUUUCUUUCCAGCUUCAAUCUUCAUCCUCUUCGGUGAGCUCGCCCCAGAGCUCAGGCUCCUCAUCUCAAGCAGUCUCAACUCCCCUUGGAAGUUCGCAGGAACUCCCCAUCGACCUCACAGAAGAUCCACCAAAGAAUAUCAUCGAUCUUACUGACGAGCCUCUCGCACACUCACAAGUAAGAGCACAAGUCCCCAGCAAUCCAGCGGUGGCCGAUAUCCGCGAACAAACUGCGCGACUAACUCUGGAGCCCCGACGACACCCUUCAUCAGUGAUUGUCAAUGGCAUCAUCUAUGGACAAGGCUCAUCGGUUGAGCUCCAUGAUGGAAACUUUCUCCACAUCGACUAUGUCAGUCAGCGUGGGGGUGAAAACUUUUUCCAUGGCCGCCACUUGGUAUCAUCAGAUAGCCAAAGCGUAGGAGAUUACAUCCCUAGAACAGCCCGCGAAGUGAUUUGGAUGCCUCACCUCGAUGGAGUCUGUUCACUAGACCAGAUCAAAUGUUUUCGUCGCAUCCGCUUCACCAACUUGCGACGAAAAGACGAGAUUUUCGAUACAGAAGCCCAUGGAGAAGAUGCUCUCACAUGUCGAUUGAAGCUCACGCUCAAGUUCCGGCCAGUCCUGCGACAAGGUGCUCGAACCGGAGGAACAGAUGAUCAGGAGUUUGCGGUCGAGUAUCUCACGUUCGAGGAGGCAUCCGGAGGCCAUAAUGUUCGACUCUCUGCCCGGGAGUUGCGCGGCCAAUGGCGAGGUCGCAAUCAGACCACCCCAUUCGGUGCAUUCGCACUCGCACCUCGAGCUGAAAGACUGGAAAUUGAUAUGAUGAACCCUGAUCCGCAAUUCUGGAAUCCCGAUGAUACUAGUCGCAACCGUACAUACACCUUCGGCGAUGCAUACUGCGGUGCAGGUGGCGCCUCCUGUGGCGCCAAAAAAGCCGGAUUGGCCUUGACUUGGGCUGUCGAUAUGGAUGCGAAUGCCGUACAAACUUAUCGGCGCAAUUUCCCAGAAUCCUUGGUGGAGCAAUCCACCUUCGACAUCUUUAUGACGCAGAAUCCAGAUGAGCUGCGUAUCGAUGUGUGCCAUACAUCACCUCCAUGUCAGCCAUUUUCGCCGGCACAUACUAUUCAUAACCAGGUCCGUGACGAGCAAAAUUCGGCAUGCAUCUUCACCUCGCUCAAUUUGAUCAACAAGGCUCGUCCGCGAGUGUUGACCAUGGAAGAGACAUUCGGAUUACGAGGGCGGCACACUGAAACAUUCAAUCGACUGAUCAUGGAUUUCAUUGAAGUUGGAUAUUCCGUGCGCUGGGCGGUGUUGGAUUGCCUGAAUUAUGGUGUUCCACAGACGCGUCGUCGCUUGAUCAUCAUUGCUGCGGGCCCCGGGGAGACUCUCCCUCAAAUGCCAACACCCACACAUGGUCCAUUCGGCUCUGGCCUCAGGGCCUUCGAAACCAUCCAUCGGGCGAUCAGCGAGAUCCCCGACCCCUGGAUGGACCAUGACACGAGAGCAUUGUUGGAGCGUACCAGAAACGCUCACCGCGAGCCAUACAGCCCACACCAACCGGCAAAGACCAUCACUUGCAGUGGUGGUGAAGCCAACUACCAUCCCUCGGGAAAGCGGGGAUUGACGCCUCGCGAAGUUGCCUGCAUCCAGACAUUUCCUAUGGGGUUUGUGUUCUGCGGCACAAACAGGCGUAAGCAAAUUGGGAAUGCUGUCCCAGCUCGGCUUGCCGAGGCGAUUUUCAAAGAAGUCCGCAAAUCAUUGCGGAGAACAGAUGCGAUGGAGGAGGAGGAAGCUCGGACCGGAGCUUGA